UCCUGAUUUUCUAAUGUUUGGUUGGCUGAAAACAUUUUUCAUUUGGAAAAUGAUUUCUAAGACACGGGUAAAAUGUCUUACAUUUUAUGGAAAUUGUCUUACCAAUUUCGUUUCUGUAAGACAUUUUCCGGUCCCUCCAUCUAGACUUCAGGAAUCAAAUGCUCAGUGCCAUAAAUGGUUUCUCAAUGUCCAACCAAAAUGGUUUAUUCAUAAAUUCUUGUUUUGCUCACUGCCAGUCAGAGAGACAGGACACAUGGUAUGCAAAUGAUUCCCCUCAUAUUGGAAACAAGGCAAUUGCAGCAUCUGUUCGAGACUAGUUCUUUGAUCGAACAGCUACUAAAGCUAUUGACUGUCCGUACCCCUGUGAUAACACUUGUCACAAUCUUAUCUUCAAGAUCAAAGCCCAGUUGUUCUAAUCACAGGGUGUUCCCAGGGGGGAAUCGGGCAUGCCCUCGCACGAGCUUUUGCCAAUAACAACUGCAAGGUGGUGGCGACAAGUAGGUCUUUACGCUCCAUGUCCGAUCUGCAACGAGAUCCCAGGUUUUAUCUUCAAGAACUCGAUGUUCUCUCGGAGCAAAGCGUGCAGCAUGUCAUGUCUAAUGUAAUAAAUAAGUUUGGUCGUGUUGAUGUCUUGGUUAAUAAUGCUGGGAUCCAAUGCGUUGGCCCUCUUGCAGAAGUCCCUUUGCCUUCCAUGGAAAGUGCCUUCAAUACCAAUGUUUUUGGUGCGAUGAGACUAGUACAAGCUGUUGUACCUCACAUGGCAUCUAAGAAAAAGGGUAAGAUUGUGAAUGUUGGAAGUGUUAGUGCUUUGGCUCCUGGGCCAUGGUCCGGUGUCUAUUUUGCAUCUAAAGCAGCCCUUCAUGCGCUAACUGAUACUUUGAGGUUGGAGCUGAGCCAUUUCGGGAUCGAUGUCAUCAAUGUUGUGCCAGGAGCUGUAAGGUCAAACAUCGGGAAUUCUGCUAUAGCUAGCUACAAUAGGAUGCCUGAGUGGAAGCUAUAUAAACCAUUUGAAGAAGUCAUCCGAGCGAGAGCUUCCUUCUCACAACGAUCCAAGUCGACCCCAACGGAUGUGUUCGCAAAGGAUACAGUGAAUGUGAUUUUGAAGAAAAACCCACCAGCUUGGUUCUCGUCGGGUCAUUACUCCACUAUUAUGGGAAUUAUGUACCAUUUGCCAAUUUUUGUUAAAGAUUUCAUUAUUAGGAAAGCAAUGAAAUGUUGAUUUCUCCUACCACAAACCUGUUGUAGAUUUAAUGUAGUUACAUGUUUGAUUUCAUAAUAACAUGGGAUAUUUUAGAGUAUCUUCAAGAUUUUUUUUUUUUCAAAUAUAAUAGCCAAAUUUUCUUUAA